AUGUUUUCAGCAGAUAAUCUUCGCCAAGUCCCUAACAGCAGCUUGAUCGCAAGUGUUCCACUUCAACGCAAGAUGUCUUGGAGGUUAACUUUACGCGAGCAGCAGCAAGCUUUCGGAAACCAUCCCAUGGGCGAGAGUUCGCGAAUCCAUCUUGAAGGUGGAGACAAUGUGAAGGAGAGUGCAGCUACUAUUCUUGAUGCAGUUCGAGAUUUUGAAACCGAGAAUCAGCUUUUUGUUGCUUAUGCUGAAAGUAAUGGCAGCGGCCAUCGUCAGAGCAAGAGGCCAAGGACCAACAUGAUAAUAAUUGAGAUUGCCAGAGCUUCUUCCAACAGUUCCUGCUCGAAUGGGAGGUCUUUUACUGGAAAACUCGAGAACCCGAUCGAUGGUCUAAUUUUGGGGGAUCGUGGUAGCGUAGGUUACUUGCAAUGCCACUUCAAAGAAACCGAUUGUGCUCUUCCGCUAUUGGAAAAGAUGACGGAGAAAGAGGCUUAUCUCGAUAUGGCAAUGGAAAAUGCGAGUGCUAUGGAAGCGAACAACAAGUAUGUGGUGAUUGUCGAGCAGCGAAUGAAGGAUACUGCUCCAGCUGACAUGAGAAGUACCAUCAGCAAGCUGACAAGCGAGCAGAACAAAGAUCUUGUUACCGUAAAUGACAACUCGCUUCGUCUCACAGCUCAUGCAACUUACCAUCAGCUUUCUAUGAAGGUGCUGGAGCUUGAUGCAGAGGCUAAGGCCAAGGCUGUUUCUGAUUUCUCAUUGGGGAAGUUCAAGAUGCUGCAGCUGUCCGAAGGAUCAGUCCUUAUGGAGAUUAACAAGAUUACGCAUGCACCAAAGGGGUUGUAUCAGUUUGGGAUUAACAUUUCAUUGGUUAGUGCUUCUCUUGGUGGUCAGUCCCUGAUACGGGUUGGGUACGCGGCCGAAGCUGAGAAGGACAAGGAGAACGUUGGAGUAGAUGGUUGA